GCGACAGCACAUAUGGAGAUGACCUACCCUCCACCACUCAAAUCCAAGGCCAACCCCUACUCGGGCACCAACGUCGACUACAGCAUGACGUCGCCCCUCAAGGCCGACGGUAGCGACUUCCCCUGCAAGGGCUACCUCUCUCUGCUCGACGCCCCCGAGGGCAAGGCCGUCGCAUCGUGGACCGCAGGCGGCGAAUACAACUUCACCAUCUCCGGCGGCGCCGCACACGGCGGCGGAUCCUGCCAGGCCGCCCUCUCCGUUGACGGCGGAAAGACCUUCCGGGUCGUGCACAGCUACGAAGGCGGGUGUCCCGGCCAGGGGGAGAGCUCGUUCAAGUUCGGGUUGCCCGGGGACACGCCGGCGACCGAGGGAGGCAUUUUCGCUUGGAGCUGGUUCAACCACCUGGGGAAUCGGGAGAUGUAUAUGAAUUGUGCUGUGGUCGACAUCGUCACUGGCGGUGGCACAAGGGGUGGUGAUCGGAACGGGAAGGGUGUCCCCUUUUCCAGCCGACCUGAGCUGUUCAAGGCGAAUAUUGGGAAGGGCUGCAGGACGGUGGACUCGGCAGACGUUGCGUUCCCCGAUCCUGGUCCGGACGUCCACUCUACUGGCAAGGCUGUGCCUCCAGCUGGGACUUGUGGCGCUGCUGGUUCCUCUUCCUCUUCUUCUGGUGCUGGCGGCGCCACUGGUGGUGGUCACGGUUCCGAUUCCGGUACCGGGUCAGGGGCUGGCACUAGUACUGGUACUGGUGGUGGUUACUCAGGUAAGCAUCCCAGUUCCACGCAAGGGUCCUCCUCUUCCACCAUUACAGCAUUCUCGCCCUCGCAGGGUGACGACUGCAAGCCAGCACCCUCCCUCACUACGCAGCCCACCCCUGUGCCAGUCACUAACGAGUCCGGGACAGGUUGGACGCCGGGGAAUGACUGGCCAGGCUGGUUCCAGUCCGGGGCCUCGGGGGCAUCUUGCCAAGCUUAUUUGGCUGUGUUCCUUUCAGCAAUGUUCUUUGCGCAUUACCUCUUCUAGAGAGGAUCUUCCUUGGCAGGCAUAUCCGCCGCGGGCAGGCUCUGUUUCUUUUGCUGUCUCUGGC